AUGGAGUUUUCAGCCAAGACCAUUCUUAUUACUGGAGCCACAAGUGGAUUGGGACAAUGCGCUGCGUCAAAGUUCCUGCAACAAGGUCAUACAGUUAUCAUUACAGGCCGCGAUGAGAGCAAGUUGAAACAAGCGACGCAAUCGAUUCGAUACCAUUCACCAGCAUCGAGCAAGCUUUUCACGGUGGUUAUGGAUCAGGAUAACGUCGACUCGAUCAAGCAAGGUGUAGACACUUUGAAGAGCAUGGAUAUUGGGCAACUCGAUAUUGUGAUCCAUAAUGCGGGUGGGAUGCAAGGCGAACGUGAGACGAUCCAACGCGUGGAGAAAACCAUCUUUGUCAAUGCGGUGGCGCCAUGGUACCUGACAUUGCAGUUGAUACCACUCAUGCAACAACAAGAAGGACGUAUCUUAUUUGUCACGUCAUCGCUACAUGAUCCUGAUGCACGUGCUGGUAAAAAAGAAGACAAGGUGGAUGCGAUGUUGAGGUAUCCGGAUUUGGACAACUUGGAUGGACACGUAUGGUGGGAGAGCAUGCCGUUUUAUCGACUUUCCAAAUUGGCACAGUUAUGGCUCAUGUAUCUGCUGGCAGAACGCUAUCCACACCUUUCCAUCAAUGCCUUUUGCCCUGGAUUUGUACCAACCACCAUGCUCAAUCGUCACUCAAGCUUGCCCCUUCGUCUAUUGAUGCGUCACGUGCUUAGUUGGAUGAGCUUUGUUACAUCAGAGGAUGCUGCUGCUGAUGACUAUGUAUAUUAUGCAACCGAUGACCAAUUCACCAAUGUGACAGGCAAGCUCUUCAAGAAGAAGCAGGUCGAGGAAAGCUCCAAGGCAUCGAAGGAUAUGACUAAAGCACGUCAAUUUUGGAAUAUUGCAUGCGACAUUUGCCAAUUGCCCGAUCACCGAAUUGAGUAA